UUUUUUUUUUGUUGAAUACGCAUAAUGAAGGAUACAACUCAAAUGGUGAUUUUCGCCUUUUGGUUUGUGGUUCUAUUAGGCGUGCCUUUUUGGUGGAAAACAACAGAAGUAUAUCGAGCUCAUUUACCCUUUGAUGAAAUAGAUUCAUUACAAACACGUCAAGAAUCUAUGUUUAUCUUACCAACUACACUUUCCCUUUUUGUACCUGCUACUUGGUUACUCUCACUUGACAAUACUUCCGGUACGAUCCAUUCAUUAGAAACUUCAUUAGAAUACAAGCUAUCCGAAAAGUUUCAUGAUGUGUCCUUUUGUGCAAAGUUUCCUUUCCAUGUACAACUCAAUAGUUGGUCCACAGAUGAUCUCACUCUUGAAUCUAUAAAUGCUCUUCUACAACAACAAAAAGAUUCUCCUAUUGGUCAGUAUUCAUUUUACUUUCAUUCUUCGAAUAUUCAGCAGAGCAAAUCACCGCAGAAGCAUGAUCAAAUUAAUGUAAUCAUCGGAAAAGACCGUACAAGUGUUAUUCAAUUGUCAAAAAUAGAUCAAGAUACUCUUAAUUCAGUGAUGAUUUCCUUAAUUCCAGCUAUAUUCAAGACAGAAUUUGAAGCAAUUGAUGAAAUAGCCUCUUGCUCUUCAGGCAAGGUGGACAAGUAUGAUGCCAAUAAUAUGCGUACAUUCAAAUAUUCAUCUCGUUACCAAAUCACUUUCAGUCUUAUGAACAAUAAUCCUCGAUUUAUGGCUAUAGACUGGGACAUACGUGAUGCAGCAAAAAGAUAUCUUUACCCAUUGUUAAACGAACUGUCUGAUGUAUCCAACUUUACGGUGGACUCCCAGAUUCAAAACUAUGCACCACUAUCGCAAUCACCUCAUUAUAUGGAAAGAGAAAAGAAACCGAAUUAUUAUUACUUCAAACCUGAACAAUUACCACAUUUUGUCAAUUCUGCAGAUUGGAAUCUAGCAUCCAGUAUCUCUUCUUAUCCAACCAUCAACUUUAUUCUAUACGUUCCUUCAGCAGAUGUCACACCCUUACGGAUCCAUGAUCAACAAGGACAUCCACUUCUUUCCAAUUCCUUUUUGAUUCCUCGAUGGGGAGGAGUUACAAUCAAGAAUCCUCCAAAAUAUAUUGAAUCCAAGUAUAGCAUUACUAAAUCUGAUUUGAAGCCUAUUAUGAAGAUAUUUAUCUCACAACUCCGAGGUUUGAUGGGAAUUCAAGAUAUAAGCUCUUCUGCAGCAAAACUACUUCCAUCAAACUUGAAUACAACUUUUAUGCUUUCCACACAAACGGGAAUUACCACUUUGGAAAAGGAUAACUUGAUUCGACGACGUACAAUGGAAAACAUGAUCAAUGCAAUUUCCACUCUUCGAUCCUUGGGACAAUUGGUGAUGGAGAUUCCAAAUAUGGUUGUGUUGGAUCAUAUACAAUCUCAGGUUCGACAAUCUUUAACAUCUAUUCAAAGUGUCCGAAUUGAACUUGAAAAAGGUAAUUAUGGUAAAGCUUUAAAACACUCAGUGGACGCUAUGGAAUUAUCAGAAAUGGCUUUCUUUGAUCCUACGAUGGUGUCGAUGCUCUAUUUCCCUGAUGAACACAAAUAUGCGAUUUAUAUGCCCCUUUUUGUCCCUAUAUCUGUACCUUUAAGUAUAGCUCUACUAAAAUCAUUAAAGAAAUGGAGAAAAAAUAGAUUUCCUUCCUCCUUGUCAUCAUCAAAAACAAAAUCUGAAUAAAGUUUUAUUAUUAUUAUU